UAUCACUUGUAUUUAGCCGUGCUGAUAUCUUAUGGGGAUGUACUCCAUCCAAAAAAAAAAUAAUAAUAAAAAUAAAUAAAUAACUGUUAUUUACCCCUACCACCAAAGGCCAGUGGGGCGGAGCAAACAACUGAAAAAAAUCGUUCAUAUUGAACAUAACAUUGUUAAGAAUCCCAACUGGCCAGAGGCAAACCAGUUGGCUGUUUACAAGCGUGGGCAAGGAUUUGAACUCCGGGCUACCGUGAAACAAUCCAGGUAGUGGUCAGAGCGGGACUCAAACCCGGGACCACUAGAUUGUGAGUCCGAUGCGCUGACCACUUGGCCACGUUGCCUCCAUCAUGGAGUAAGAACACAAUCCUGCUUAGGACUUCAAUCACUUGUGAACUUGACUAGUCAUUUGUAACAUUGAACUUGGGUUGCGAUUUUGCUACAGAUGAUUUUUUGCUCAAGUGCUGGGUUAAACAAUUCCAAUUUUAUCAUGUGGUUAAAUUACAUGUUAAUUUAUUGAUGUGUGCCUUUGCUGGUAGAUGGCGAACUUGUGGAAGAAGACAUUGAGACUAACAUCAGAGAAAUGGAAGAGGAAGCACCUCUCAUGGAGGGUAGUCUUGAUGAAGAUGAGCACUCGUUAGAUGACCUUGAUUCAGAAAGUGGUCAGUACUUUGCUGUUGAAUCUGGAGGCCUACAAGAGAUGAUGUCCUUCACAGAACAUGCAAGAAUAAAUGCUUGGAAGACACCAGAAGUUAUCAAAAAGGCUGGCAACAGUGGAAUACCUUCUAGGGUGGGGAGUGCCACAACAAGGGUAAAUGCAGCCUCCCCACCCCCACAGCGACCUUCUUCACCCACCCACCCUGGUACAGUUCCAUUCAGACAGGCAGAUGGAUGGCUAGCUGGAGGUCGGGAUGUAAGCAGUUCAUCUGUGAAGCGUGCAUUUGUUCCACUCCCAGGGUGGAUGGAAGGUUUAGACGGAAGAAGACCCAAGUCUUCUCCAGCUCUGAGGGGGCCCAGGUAAGGUUCCAAGAUUAAAAUAUAAAUUCUCCUUAUAUGUUGCAAUACAUUUCUUUUAAUUUCAGUUCUGAGAAUUUUGUUGUACAUCAAUACUGUGUUCUUUUUCUUUGACUGGAUAUGCAGCAAUGGCUGGUGCAGAACUUCAGCUAAGCUUUCAGACACAUGGCCCACUGUAGUUGUAUCCUGUUCGCAACCAUUUGUGCUUU